UUCAUUCGUGCUGAACCCACCCCCUUCCCUCUCUCCUCCGCUGACUCCCCUCCCCAGCCCUCUCACUCUGCUGUUUUCCUCGCCGCGAUGCUGCUCGGCGUCUGUUAAAGCUCGCUAAGCCAAUAUCGGGGAAAAACGCUGUGCACCAUAAAGAAAAUUGCUCUGGAGAGGGGAGAAAGUGCUUAGGACUGUUGCGACUUCAUCAGCUGGAAAUGAGAUUUCACGCUAAGAAAUGAUGGGAAAUGCCAGGGGAGAGAGGAGAAACAAACCAGGAUCAAGUUCAAGGCAGAGCAUAUCUGAGACAGACUCCCCCUGGAACUCAACUACCCACUCCACGGGCGAUAUUUACUCAAGUUCUGUGCAGGAUCAGAAAGAGGACUUGCGGAAGCGGCUGUACUACACCACCCGCAAGCUGGAGCUGCUGGAGACGGAGUUCGACUCCACGCGGCAGUACCUGGAGACGGAGCUGCGGCGGGCCCAGGAGGAGCUGGAGAAGUUCACUGACAAGUUGCGUCGAAUACAGAGCGGCUACUCAGCACUGCAAAGGAUCAAUCAGGAACUGGAAGAGAGGAUCCAGAGGACGUCUCAGCACCAUGACGACGAGAGGAGAGCCCUAAGCAGAGAGAUCAUCGUCCUCAACAACCACCUCCUGGAAGCCAAGAUCACCAUUGAGAAACUCAGAGAGGACAAUGAGCUGUACAGGAAGGACUGCAAUCUGGCUGCCCAGCUCCUUCUGUGCAACACACCCCACCACAGAGCCCUCAAGCUGUCUGAGCUGCCUGCUGAUUUUCAGGAGCGUCUCAGUUUGCACAUGGAGACCGCGGACCUCUGCCACUCGCCCUACUCGGACUCGGUGCCCACCACCAUCAUCGGCCAGGUCCUGGAGAAGCCGGACCCCGGCAGCAGCCUGGCGUCCCGCUGCGCCAGCCCGCAGCCCCAGGACGCGCGCUUCCCGCUCAGCAGCCCGGGCGAUGGCGAGGGCGAGACCCUGACCCGCCGGGCGGCGUACCGCUGGUCCGACCUGUACUGCAGCGACACGGCGCUGUACUGCCCCGACGAGCGGCCGCGGCAGCGGCGGCAGAGCGUGGACCUGCACGGCCAGCCGCCGCUGGGCCUGCUCUGGGCCCAGAACUCCACCGACAGCAACGCCGAGGAGGACGCCGCCCAGGCCAGUCCCUCCCAGGAGCACUUUGCCGAGUUCGCCGAGUUCACGGAGUUCGUCACCUCCCUGCAGGCCUCCAGCUCCUACUCCAGCUUCAGCGGGGCGUCCGAAGAGAAGGGGGCGCACUCGCCCCCGUCCACGCCGCACCACCAGGCCCUCUACGCCAACUGGCGGGACAGCGACUACGAGCGCAAGAGUGACUCCUCCUACGAGCAGGACAGCCCCGGUUUCCCGGAGGCUCACGUGUUCCAGCAGGUGGCGCACGCCGGCCACCAGAACGGCGACUCCGGGCCGGUCUACGCUCGCGCGCCUUCCUGCUUCAGCGAGCCGUACCACUCCCCCCGCCACACCCCCGCCCACGGAGGGGCGUCCCCCCAGCUCUACCGGGACGUCCCGGACGAGGAGCCCUGCGGCCGCUGGAGACGGUUGAGCGUGGAGGACAUCAGCGCCUGCUCCUACCGGAGCCCCGGGCGGGUCUCGCCCUACAGCUUCUCGGAGCAGCACUUCGCCAUACGGCCCGCCAAGAUCAAGCUGGGCCCGCUCUACAGUAGCUUCCAGGAGGGGGCCGACGUCUACUGCAGCGGGGGCGUCCUGGACCCCCGUUUUGUCGUCCCAAGCCGCAGUGCUAGCGCCAGCCCCAGCCCCGAACGGGACCCCGGCGGCCUCUGCACCCAGGAUGGCAUGCCCAUGUACCUGGCCAAAGAGGACAGCCAGGAGUCGGAGCACAGCCUCCUCUUCCAGUCCGCCAGCUCCCGGGACAAGGAGAGCCCUCCAGGCAGCGCCAAGAAGGAGUACGUGGACAUCAGCCCCAACAGCUCCGCUGAAUCCCUCAACCACAACUCUCUGGAGGCCAUCGACAUGCAGGAAUACCAGAGCCAAACCCCACUGAGCAAGACUCCGCCCCCUUACCAGGCGCUCGGCACCCUGGGACUUACCAGGAAGGACAGCCUCACCAAAGCACAGCUCUACGGGACACUGCUGAACUGAAAGGGCCCGUCUUCAUUUGCAUUUUUCGUUUUGACAUAGUUUUUAACAGUUUAGGUGGAAUGUUGUUUAAACUUCAAAGCCAGAAGAACGAGGCUGAGACGAGUAACUCGGGAUUCUCACGACAAAACAGUGUCCUUGGAUCCAAGGCCUUGAAUUUUCUGUCUGAAUUCAGUCAGUACUGCUUGAGUCAGAGCACUCUGUGACUUAAUCCAGUUAAAGCAGGAGUUUUCUUCAGCUCCAGCUGUUUUUUUAGAUAUGUGGUGACGAAAAUAAGACUAGUUUUUGGCAAGUCUGAGGGUAGACCUUUCUUUUCCACAGGACUGCAGCGUGAGUUCAUAUUUAAAUCUCCCAUUUUUUCCCUUCAAGAAUUCAUUUAAAUUUUUGUCUAGUUCUUUUACCCUGGUUUGAAAAGAACAUCAUUUCCCUUUUGGCAACUUCCAAAGCAAUAACUUGGGGCAACACCAGUAAUGCUAUGAUCAACAGAUAGGCAUAUUGACAGACACACUUCAAGAUAACAGUUAAAUUAAUCAUAUAUUUACCUAUUGAAAUAUUCAUAGACAUAUAUUUAUAUUAGAGGCAUGUUGACAAAGUAAAAAAUUAAUGGUAGACUAAAAGCCUGACUCUCCUCCCCCCCAUUUUGAUUUUAAGUAUUCAUGUACAUGCCCCUUGUAACAAUCAAUUAUUCCAAAAUGUGUUGUAUGAACUGAGAGGGAAAUAUGUUAAGGGUUCCUGCCUCUCGCCCAAUGUAAAUUGGGAUAGGCGCCAGCACCCCCCGUGACCCUGACCAGGAUGAGCAGGUAUAGACAGUGGAUGGAUGGAUGGAUGUGGCGAGGGGUCUGGCACACAGUUCAUGCUGCCCCUGAAGAGGGGUAACUGUUGGUAUUGAUCAAAAAUUUUGUUGGCAGUCUUUCUUAAUUGCCUCCAUUACCCCUAGUGUGUUACAUUAUUUUAGCUUUCAGCCUUUUCAGUGGUUAGAGGUACGUAAGUCCUGUGCAUCUGCUUCAUGCGUUGGCGGAUGCAACAGUCCAUGUACUUGCAGUCACAGGUUUACAGCAAAUUCAGGGGCUUCCCUAUGUUUUGUGUGGAGCAUUUCAAAAGGACACCCAUGUUGGCUACACCGAGCUGACCAAGUUAGCCACCUUUCUUUCCAACAAUUUAUAUCCAUCAUUACAGUAGAUAAUCGUAAAAGCUCUUAAAGGGCACACUGGGUUGUUUUUUUCAAAAAACCCAAGAAAAAUAUGCACUUUUUUAGCUGCUGGAUGACUCAUCCUGUUAAUACACUGCUCCAGUAUGUGUAUGUGCCAACAUGACCCAGCAUUGAUUCUUCACUGUCCUGGAUCAUAAUGAGUUCAUAUGUCAUUGAUAAGCAUGUCCAAUCAAAUGCUCGUCUUGGGUUACAUUUUCACAUGAGACCACCCAAGGUGCCUUUUAAGUGUUUCCAACAGUCACAGUAUUUAUUCCCUAAUCGAAUGCUGUGAUCCAUUGAAGGGAAUAAGGCUAUAGACCGUGAUGGUCAUUUUAUGGGGACUGAAAGUCUCAUUGCACAAACCUACUUGAAACAGGCUAAUGUUGGCUGCAGUGAAAACAGCCGCAAACAAUUUUUUUUAACUUUAUUUAUUUGUUUUUUAAGAAGAUGGUAAUUUAGGUAUUCACAACUAAUUGGACAGCCCCUAGAGCAGGGUUGCACAGUGAGAGAUGAUUCAUUUCAGGAUUUCAUUCCAGUUCUGCCCUUAAUUAAUUAGCUUAGUCAUUUAUUUGAUGUGAGAUCACCGACAAAUUCACAAGCAACAUCUGCUGACUGCACGUGUAUCCCAGAGAAUGUUUGUGGUCUGAUAUAGGAGUGAACCAGCAAUGAAGUACAGCUUUAUCAGAAAAAGACUUGCAGGAACACUGGCCUUCCCGGACUGGAGAUGUGAAUGGUAGAGGCAAAUUUCCCAGAGAGCUUGCACUACUUUUAGCCCUGAAUAGCAUAGACCAACAUAAUGGCUGAUCACAAGAAUCAGUUCAAUGGAACAAUCAAAAGCAAAACCUGGAAACUAGACAUAUAAAAGCAUAACAUUGCUUAAACAGAUUAUUUUCAACCAUUCAAACUAAAGCCAUUUCUAAUUGGUUACUAAAUUACAUGUGAAAUCACAGAACUAAUAUGACCACUAACUCUGUAUCCCUACACAUGUAAACAAAAAAAUAAAUACGUUUAGAAGUUGCUUGCCCUGUAACUGGAAGAACAUUUAUUUUUUCAGGUCAAAUCCACAACACUUUUCAUCAGAAGCCAUUUGUAAAACCACUUUAAUUCACUGAUUGAGUACAGGUAGCUAAUAGCUUCCACUGUAUUGGCUGAGAUGGGGAUUCCCACUGAGGUUGCACUGUGGUUCAACCAUUUGUGACCUCGGAGUGUGAAUAGUAUGUUUGAAGGAGAACGCCAAUUCCACGCACAAGUGUAACCUGUACCUCUCCUCUGACGUGCUUCUUUGAUUCAGCAGAUUUUGGUAACAGGAGGAUAGAGACCACGCCAGACAGAACCAGGAACUGAAAAGGGAGAGUAACCUGACACAGAACCUUACAAUCAUACUCAGAAAUCUGAAUCAUAAGCAUAAAUCAAAAUUAGUGUAGAAGAGAAGAAUAUCAAAGGGAUCUGGAAGCGGAACCAUUCAUUUUAAUUUUGAAACCAGAAUACAAGCUUGAAAUCUGAAAGAAAGCAAGAAAAUAGUCCAAUCCAUAAAUAAAGCCAUAAACCAAUUUAAAGUUAUAAAUCUGAAACAAAGCCAGAAACCAGACACCAGAAUACAAGUAAGAAAUCAGAAAUAAAGCUAAAAAUCUAAUCCAGGAACCAGAAUCAGAGCCAGAAACCUUAAUCAGAGCCAGAAACCAGAAUCAGAGCCAGAAACCAGAAUCUGACCCAGAAACCAGAAUCUGACCCAGAAACCAGAAUCUGACCCAGAAACCAGAAUCAGAGCCAGAAACCAGAAUCUGACCCAGAACCCAGAAUCAGAACCCGAAACCAGAAUCUGACCCAGAAACCAGAAUCAGAGCCAGAAACCAGAAUCUGACCCAGAAACCAGAAUCUGACCCAGAAACCAGAAUCUGAGCCAGAAACUAGAGUUGGAGUCAGAACCAGGCCUUAAAUAGGAUAUGCAAAACACACAGAGAGGUUGAGAUUGGAGGUUUUCCCACAGAAAGGGAGUUUUGUGCUGUAUAUAUUAACUCACUGAUACAGUUUUUAAAAUACACUUUGAAAUAGGCAUUGAAAUAUUGUUCCUUGCUGUAUUACUGUUCUUUAACUUUGAUCCUUUGGAAAAGUUCCAUGUCUGCUCUACCUCAGAUGUGAUCCACACCUCUUCAUGGAACAACACGUUGCGUGUUUAUAUCUACAUUGUAUUGCAUGAUUCUCUAUUUUUGUUGUACAUUUCUUUACUCAAUAAAGAACAAUGUGCUCACACUGAGA